UGCGGCGCCGAGGACGAGGAGCUGGAGCUCGGCCCCGCGGAGCUGCUGCAGCGCGACGUGGUGCUCUCCGAGCUGCGGGGCUGCCGGGUGCGGCUCCGCGGCAACGCCAACACGGCCAACACGCUGCGGGUGCGGGACUGCCGGGGCUGCACCGUGCUCUGCGGGCCCGUUUCCACCUCCGUGCUGGUGGAUGGCUGCAGCGAUUGCCUCCUGGUGCUGGCCUGCCAGCAGCUCCGCACCCAUCGCACCCGCGACAGCCGGUUCUACGUGCAGGUGACCAGCCGAGCCGUAAUCGAGGACUGCACUAUGGUCUCCUUCGCCCCUUAUUCCUGGAGCUACCCUGGUAUCGAGAGGGAUUUCGAGUCUUCUGGGCUGGACAGAAACAGGAACAACUGGAACCUGGUGGAUGACUUUGACUGGCUGGCGACUGACAAGCCCUCACCCAACUGGAGCCUCAUCCCUGAGCAGGAAAGAAUCAGCUGCUGGGACUGA